CUGGGGCUGAUAUAGGCUGGGAAAUCCCAACAGUGCAAACACACAUUCAGGAGCUGGGAAGGGAAUCAUAACAGAGCCGUGACAAUGAACUGCUGCUUGCUGUGGAUCUUGCCCCUACUACUACUGUCAGGGAUAUGCCUGGCGCACAGAGGUCAGGAGCAGAGGCAAAUUAGCCUAGAAUUUCCAUUCCCAUAUCAAGAACAAAUCCAAGUUGCACCUCCUAGACCAGGACCACGGGGGAGAAGGCCUACAGCCCCUUGCAGUCAGGGUGAAGCAUGUCCUCUGCCUGAUCUCAUCUCACCAUUGAGCAACAACUUAAAUGAUUUCCCUCCCGGCCACCCAAGUAGCAGCAAUAUUGCUAAUAUCUGCAACAAGAAUCGACCCAAAACCAACUAUGGGUUCCACAACCUUCCUCAGACUGGGUUCUCCCAUCUUACCCGCCAAGGACAGGUUAUAAAUGCAGUAGAAGAAGGUUAUGAGCUGUGCUGUGCUAAGGAAAACAAACUGCACUGUGCAGAGGAACUGUGGAAGAAUGCCCUAGAGGACUUUUGCCUGGAAGAAUUUUCAAUCAAAACAUCCCACUAUCACUGCUGCAAGAAGAAAGGGAAAGCAAAGGAAGCUUGCUUCAAAACCGAUGCUCCAAAUCCCAGUUACAGCUUUGCUAUGGGGCAAGAAUCUGGCAGUGCUGAUGUUCCCAAAGUGGGUCGAGCCAGAAGCCUGGGACAGUGUCCCCCCUCUUCUCCUCACUGCCACAGGGAGCCAAAGUACAAACUGCCUGAUUUGUCCUUCCCGCCCGGAGAACCCAAGGCCAGCAACAUCCAGAAUAUCUGCAAGCUGAGGAAGCUGAGGCCUACUUACAGCAAGUCCGAGCUGCCCACAAGUGGAUUUGGCCAUUUUAUACGUCAAGCAAAGACCAUUAACCGACUAGAGAACAAGUACAAGAAGUGCUGCAAGGAUGAAAAUGUUGCGUGUGCACAUAUUGCUUGGGAGAAGGAACUGGGCGAGUUCUGCACCCAGGAGCAUGAGGUCUUCACAAAGCCGUACGAAUGCUGCAAGGAAAGAGUCAAUAUGUUCAGCUGCUUCGCCAGCAACGCGCCCUACCCAGAGUACGACAAAGAAGUAGAACAGAUUAACCUCAGUGAUAUCACAACGGCCAACCUGCAGAAGCUUUGUGGGGACAUCAAGGUUCUGACAAAACAAAAACAAAUCCCCCUACUUGUGUCUGAACUCCGGGAAUCCUGUUGUAAUACCCCAGUGGAGGAAAUGAUGGUGUGCGCGGAUGAUCAGAAGUUGGCAUUUAUUGAGGCUGUGUGUGGUGCCAAGAAAGACUUGUGGAAAGACUCUCACGGCUGCUGCAAAAAGAAGGAUCAGGAAAGAGUUGAUUGCUUUGGACAUCACUUGCAGAAUGUCCAGGUGGCUGUGUCUCACCGAAAAGACCAAGUGUAGGGGCUUCUUAUGCAAAUUCCUGAACUUUUAUAGCCAUGGUUUAUGGCCUUUUUAAGAGCAUAUUCUGCCACUAGGGGGCACCACUGCCUUGGAUUAAGAGAAGGGUGGAUGAAGAGAUUGUACAGUCUUUUACUACUAUCAAUUAAUCCGCUUUAGACUUUCUAUUUAGAAGUUAUUGCAUGGGACUUGCACAUUAUUCAUUGCUUCGUACCCUCUUAUAAUCAGCUGUAGGGCAUGAACUAAGGGGCUACAAAGCUCCCACUAGUGCGAUGAAACAAGGUCUCAUGGUAAAUCCAAGGGCACCAAGCAGGGAUUUUUAACUGCACCACAGGGGAAGCAAAGUGUCAUACAUCAAGUUUCAGAGCAAUAUAUCUGUUUGUUAAUAUGAAUUAUAAACUGCUCAGAAACCUUCACUGGUUGUAGUACUUUCACAUUUCCCUUAUUUAACUGUAAAAUAUAAACAUGACAAAGCACCAAAGAUUCAUGAAAUGGCCGUAGAUGAGAGAUUUGAAAUUGUAUUUCCUGUUUGUUGCCAGAACAAAAUGGUGGCAGGAAGUUGCUCCUUCUUGUAGCACAUUGGCCACAACAAAACAAAGCAGUUUGCAGCUGACAGAAUUCAAAUAUCAAAUGUCUGAACUCCUAGAGUUAUUAAACUUAUGGCUUAUGAGGAUUUCAAUAUAUAUUGAGGGGAAACUUAUCCAGUACUUUUUUUGUAUAUAAUUGCAGCUUAGAAAUACAACAAGAGUUUUGUUAAAGCAUCAAUAAAAGUAUUUACAGUACAAUUGA